AUAACAGACCUCUCUGCUCACGCGCCGCACUUUACUCCAUACACACAGCCGUGCAUGCUGCAGGAAUUACCCACAAUCCCCCGAGCAGGAACAUGCUGAGAGUGCGCUGUCUGAGAGGAGGAAGCCGAGGAGCCGAGGCUGCUCACUUAAUCGGAGCCAUGAUCGGUCGUACGGUGUCCCGCUGGGUUCAGAAGGCGUUUCAGAGCUCGAGCUCGGCGGCUGCCGUGAGAUCACACGCGGCCGAGGAUGCGGCCGUCACUGAGCCUGUGCCUGAUGAGUGUCCAGUUUGUGCUUAUAACGAGUGGGACCCGCUGGAGGAAGUGAUUGUAGGGCGCGCGGAAAACGCACGCGUCCCUCCGUUUACUGUAGAGGUCAAGGCCAACACGUACGAGAAGUACUGGCCGUUUUAUCAGAAAUACGGAGGGCUGACAUUCCCUGAAGAGCACCUGAAGAAGGCGAUUACUGAAAUUGAGGAAAUGUGCAAUAUCCUGCGCCACGAAGGCGUCGUCGUGAGGAGACCCGAACCCAUCGACUGGUCCAUCGAGUACAAAACCCCCGACUUCACAUCCACAGGUAUGUAUGCAGCCAUGCCGCGAGACAUCCUAUUGGUGGUGGGGAACGAGAUCAUCGAGGCUCCGAUGGCGUGGAGAGCUCGGUUUUUCGAGUAUCGUGCUUACAGGCCGCUUAUUAAAGAAUACUUUAAACAAGGAGCAAAGUGGACCACCGCACCCAAACCCACCAUGGCAGAUGAGCUAUACGAUCAGGAUUACCCGAUCCGUACAGUAGAGGACAGACACAAGCUAGCUGCAGAGGGGAAGUUUGUCACCACUGAACAUGAGCCAUGUUUUGACGCUGCUGAUUUCAUCCGAGCCGGAACAGAUCUGUUUGUGCAGCGGAGCCAGGUGACUAACUUUAUGGGAAUCGAGUGGAUGAGGCGUCACCUCGCUCCCACCUACAAGGUGCACAUCAUCUCCUUUAAGGAUCCGAACCCGAUGCACAUUGACGCCACCUUUAACAUCAUCGGACCUGGACUGGUUCUGUCCAAUCCAGACAGACCAUGUCGUCAGAUUGAGAUGUUUAAGAAAGCCGGCUGGACGGUGGUGCAUCCACCAACACCUUUAAUUCCUGAUGAUCACCCGCUCUGGAUGUCCUCCAAGUGGUUGUCCAUGAAUGUCCUGAUGCUGGAUGAGAAACGCGUCAUGGUGGACGCCAACGAGACUACCAUUCAAAAAAUGUUUGAAAAUCUUGGUAUUAAGACGAUUAAAGUGAGCAUUCGUCACGCUAACUCCCUGGGCGGAGGUUUCCACUGCUGGACCACAGACGUCCGGCGCAGAGGAACGCUGCAGUCGUACUUCCACUAAACCUGCCAGAAAACUACGCAGUUAUUAUUGAGUUCACAUUCACACAGCAACGACGAUUCAUAAAUCUGUACGCAGUCAGGUCCUGAAGUCUGAGUGUGCUAAUCGUUAAAUUUUUAUUAUUAUUAUUAUUAUUAUUAUUUUAAUCUCAUCAGUUCAACAGCUAAAAAUUUCCACUAAUAUUAAAGAAAAAUCUCUAACAGAAGUGAUGCAACGUCUCGAUUUUAUAUUGUUAAUUCUGUCAUUAUGUAGUUCACUCAAAACUCCAGACCUGACUGUAACAGUUAAUAAGUCUUAAUUAUUUUUUAUUUAAAUUAUUUUUUUAAUUUAAUUAAUUUUUUUUUAUUUUUAGCUGUGCCGUGCAUGUCCGAGCUUCCGCAGACACAGAGCUGACACUCGUUUACGAUCUCAAUAACGACUGCAUUUCUGGCUUAUGGGACUGUUUAAGCUCCAGCUAACUGAUUUUUUUUUUUUUUUUUAAAUUUGCAAAACAAAAAAAUACACAAAUCCACUCCAAAAUGAGUUUGAAUCAAAGACGUUUGAUUUCCGGAGAUCAGUGAUCCAACCAAGUGCAAAAACACAACCACUAAUCGCUCUCGAAUCUUAAGAACUGAAAUCAGAAAGUUUUUCAAUUAGUGAAGAGGAAAUCGAAUCGUUAAAUUGUACGCAGUCUCAAAGGAGUCAUAACUACUGUAGGAAAGUCCGCCCUGCCAUCCCAUAAUGCCCAGGGAAGUUCUGCUCUCAGCGUCACCAAGACAACAAACAUGGCCAGGAAAUUUUAAAAUAUAUACAUACGCAAAAGUUACUACCUCCUUUCUACGAUUCAGGAAAAUACAUUUCUUUCUUAAACGAUUAAUUCUAUCAUAAAUUUUGUACUUUUUUUUUUUUUUUUGUAGUAGGUCAUUACACACUCAAUUUUCUUACGAUAUUUUUUUAAAAAUAAAAAGUUGUAAAGUUUACAGUCGGUGACUCUGAUGGUCACCAGGAGGAGAUGGCGCUUACUGAGGGCCAGAUGAGGAUGAUCACUGUGGUGUGUGUCUCCCCCUGCUGGUCAUCACAGGCAUUAAUUCGAAUCCUCACACAACCAAAAAAUGUAAAUACAUUUUAUAUACGUUAAAUUGUUAAACACAGAUUUUUUUUUUUCUUUCUUAGAAUUAUUUUCCAGCAUCUACUUUUAUUUUGAUACCCAUCAUUUCUGUAUUUCUGAAGAGGUGCUGGUUGGACAUCCUGCUGCCUGUGUUGUCACCUUCAAUAGCAGAGCUGACUCUGUGCCGCUUCGCUGCUCUUCUGUGUUCACGCAAAAUUAUUAUAUUCGGUUUAUUUGGGGGAACAUUUUUAGCUGCUCUGAGCCUUUUCACGUGAGAGAGGUGUGUGAAUGUGAGCCGGGUUAAUACAUACACACAUAGAUAUAAAAAACAAAAGGAUAAAAAAACAUGUUUAUGGCUUAAGACUUGAUGCAUGAUGAUGUGAAAAAUAUUAAAAAGAUAUUUGAAAUUGA